AUGAAGCUUGUAGUGGACAACCAGGACAAGGCGCUGGAGUACCUCAAUUCACUUCACUCACAACCAGACUCAUGGCAGCCUUGUGCUGCUACUCUUUGCUCUGGAGGGGCUCAGCUUGAUGACAAAAUCAAAUUUUUGUGCCUUCAGGUAUUAGAAAAUUAUAUAAAGAAAUUUUACAAGAAUGCCGACACUGAAGCCCAAUCUCUCCUGCGCCAGCAUCUCUCUCAAUGGAUGUCCACAAUCUGCUCACAGUCUCCUGAACAACAAGAAAAAGUAUUUAUCCGCAACAAGACUGCUCAAGUUCUAGCUCUUGUUUUUGUUGUGGACUACGAUGUGCGGUGGCCAACAUACAUCAAUGAUCUACUUGCCUUACUGCAGCUUGGCCCCCAAGCUGCUGACUUAUAUUUGAAAAUACUUCAAGCCAUAGACUCAGAGGUGGUGGACAGAGACACUCUGCUGAGCCAGGAUGUUAUGGAGCACGGCAACUUGCUCAAGGAUCGCAUGAGAGAACGAGUUGUGGCUGACAUGGCCAACUCUUGGUAUGAUAUUCUGGUAAAAUAUGAGAGGAGCAAUCCUGAAAUUGUCUGCCAAUGCCACGAGGUGAUUGGCUCUUACAUCUCCUGGAUUGACAUAUCACUCAUUGCCAACGAGAGAUUUGUAAGCGUGUUGGUGCGGCACAUGCAGGACCCGCUGCUACGAGAGGCUGCCGCUGAGUGCCUGCUGGAGAUCAUCACGAAGGGCAUGGAUCCCAUCACUAAAAUGAACCUCAUUGAGUCCCUGUGUGUCGUGUUGGACCAGGCUGGUCUUCUCAAACCUAUUGAUGACGAUGAAUCAGAUUUUCUGGUAAAGCUGGCAAAGCUCGUGAACGGCAUUGGCUGCCAACUCAUCCUGGCCUGGCAUAAGCUUGACAAGAAGGACGCUGCUGGCCGUGACGCCGUGCGCACGGCGAUCGAGAACAAGAGCGUCCUGCUGCUGCAGUUCUUCGCCAGCGAGUACGACGACGUCUCCGCCGCGGUCUUCGACUUCUCGCGAGCGUAUAUACAAAUGGUGAAGCAAAUCGGUCAUGUGAGCGAAGUUGACAAAGGGCGCUUGGAGAAUCUCCUCUUCAUUAUCAUCAACAAGACCAAGUAUGACGAUGGCUACAACUUCGACCAGGAGGGAGAGGACGAGGCGAUGUUUGACGAGUACAGGAAGAGUCUUAAAGUUGUCUUCGACAACCUAGCUGUGCUCGUGCCUGACUUGGUCCUGAAGGUGUGCCGCGACUACGUGAUGACGACGCUGGGACGGUGGCAGGCCACGUCGUGGCAGGAGAGCGAGGCGUGCGUGGCGCUGCUGUACAGUUUGGGCGAGGCGGUGCCGGCGCAUCACGGCAACCACUUCACGGGGCCCUUCCAGAUGAAGAGCGCAGCAAUGUGCGACAUGGUGCGGCUGCUUGUGUUGUGCGGCAUCAGCAGCCACUCGCACCCCGCCGUGGCCAUCCAGUUCUUUGAGUGCAUCGCGCGCUACGAGAAGUUCUUUGUUGUUGAGCCCCAGCACAUCUCCCCCGUGCUGGAGGCUUUCCUCGACCACAGGGGCAUGAGGAACCCUUCCCCUAAGGUUCGGAGUCGCUGCAGUUACUUGUUCCUUCGCUUCGUGCGCUGCCUCAAAUACCAGCUCGUGCCGUACGCCAGCAAGAUCCUCACACAACUGCAGCCCAUGCUCACCAUCUCUGACGUCCCUUAUUCCAUCAACUCAUCGGUGCUGCUGAGCCCGGACGACCAAGUCUAUGUAUAUGAGGCCUCCGCCCUGCUGGUGGUUGGGUGUGGUGGGGGCGGCUCCUCUGAACCCAGCGCCUCGCUAACAGCCGAGGACAGAAGCGCCCUCAUGAGCCAGCUCCUCACCCCCCUCCUGGAGGUGGUCCAGCAGCUGGCUCGUGUCAUGGCCCAGAACACUAAUCCCAUUCAAAAGAGCGCCACGGCGACGAUCAUCUGCCACUGCAUGGCACUCACAGCGCGCACGUCGAAGGCGUUCAGCCAGCAGAGCACCAUGAGCUCGUGCCAGUGCGUGCAUCUCUACGUCCAUGCUGCAAAGCUCUUCAUUGAGUGCGUCAACCUUGACGUGGAGCGGGAAACAAUAAGCCUGGGGUUACGGCAGCUUCUGCAUCGCCUCGUCGUGUGUCUCGACAGCGCCGACCUGCUGCCCCUCAUGCCCGCCGCUGCCCAGGCGCUGCUGCACACCUCCUCAGUGCACUCACUCACCGAGUUCCUGCCUCUCAUCAACCAACUCAUGACCAAGUUCAAGAAGGAGUGCAGCUCGUUCGUAGAGAACGUGCUGACUCCGCUGAUCUGCGCGAUCAUCGGCGCCGUGGACGUGACGGACGCGAGCGACGAGGAGGAGGCACGCCAGAAACGCACGCUACUGCGCGGCUACUACGUCUUCCUCAGCACCGUCGUCUCGUCAGGGCUCCUGCCCUUACUGGCGUCUCUUGCUGCCCGCCUGCUGGACCAGGUGCUGCUGUCAGUGGUGCACGGAGCUGUGGAGUUCCCUGACCCUGCCGCCCAGAAGAUCUGCUUUGCUCUGCUCAGGAAGAUCAUCGAGGAGUGGGGCGCCUCUGAAGAAGCUCCCAAUAACUUCGUAGACUUCAUGUAUAAUCAGGUGGUGCCUGCUUGCUUCAGCGCGCCCCUGAAGACCACCUUCAACCUGAACGACGCUCAGACGACGCUGGCGCUGCAGGAGAGCGCCUCGUGUCUCAGGGAAAUCCACAACGCACGAGGGGACGACCUCAUCAAGUACCUCCGCGAUGUCUACUUUCCUAAGAUGGAACUCGCUCCUCACCUCAGCAACGAGUAUUGCCACGCUCUUUCAUCUGAUGCCAAGUUCUUCAAAAAUUAUGUUAAAGUUUUCUUCCAAAGCGUCAAGUGAUCCAAAACACAUCCUAGAUAAGCAAUUUCGUGUAGACGACAAAUAGAUGAUUUACAACCAAUUAUUUCAACGUAUAGUAUUUUUUACAAAGUUUUGCCACAUAUAUGAUAGCGUUCAUCGAAGGUCGAUAGGGAUCUAGCAAACCAAUCUCGGUUACCUACUCUGUACUGGAUCGGUUACCUACUCUGUAAAAUGUAUGCAAAACCUAAAUCUAUACCUUUCGUGUUCUAAUGUUGCUUUAAUGAAACUCCUGUUGUGACGUAGAGUCCCAUGACCCAAAAUUAGUCACAAUUGUUCGUUCUUGGUUGAAAAAGUUCUUCUCCUUUUAUUCCUGCCUCUCCUCAUUAUCGAACUAUUAGCAAAAUAGCUUCACUAUCGCAAGGAGAGUCUUCAGCCAAUAAGUUCUAAUGAUGAAUGGUCAAACAUUCCUAUUAAAGGCCUACUUACGCUCGUCUGCCAUAAACAUUUGUUCUCUUAUGUUAGUUAUUCCCGUAAUUGUUAUGUUCAGUCGUCAAUUGUUUAGGUUGCACGGCAUCGCAGGUAAAAUACUUCGGUACGAGAUGGUUUAGUGUAGUUGCUAAGUAUAAAAAUAUGAUAAUAAUGAACGUGAGACUUUUUAAAUGAGAGAAUGUUAUUCACAUUUUACGAGUUAUUUUACAUUCAAUGCUUGUCAUAGUUGACGCUGUGCAUGUUGACGGUUCACGUCAUUGUUUUUGUUCAAAAAUUCAAUGAAUCUCACAUUGAAAAGUACGUUCCAGUGAUAGCAGAGGCUGUCCUUAUAAUCAUUGAGCAUUGAUUUCUUGUUGAAAUUCAUAUAUAGCUCACCCUCGAGUCUCAUUCACGUCUUAGAUAUAUUUUUUCUCGUAUUCCCUUUCUAUUCCUGGCAAUGAGUAACAAUGUCGUAAGUUGCGACUCUCAAGAGUUCUGAUAGCAAUGUUUGCUGAUGGCUGCGUUGAUUGCGCCUUAAAUGAUACCGCGAACGCCGUUUAUUUCUACACGGAUUCAUUCGACAAUUUCGGUGUCAGGCACUCGGGGCAGACAUGUGUAGUUUGAACGGGGAAGACCUGCAGAGGUUGGUCCGCUGAUGGAAUGGGAAGAGUGCUGGCCUCAGUAUCUUCCGCAUGAUGUGGCGAGUCCAUCGUCCAAUUCUGCACAGUUUCUUCCAUUAUUGCUCGUUUCUGUUAUAGAUUUUUACUAAUUUAUUUUUUAACGGUAUAUUUCAAGAGUGGCUCUCAAUUCUAGGUGAAUGAUUGUGGAUGCCUAAAAUGACUGUUUAUUGCCUCUGGUGCGUUUCAUAUGCACUUGUGUAAUUUCCUUAGGAUACGAGAAAUGUGAUCAACGUUACUGAAGUGAUUGAGAACUAGAUCCGCCUUAUCUGUAAAUAUUUAUAGCCUCUCCGUAAGGAAUAAGUUACAUGUGUUUUCCAGGCUUUGAUUAUUCAAUGAAUUUAUUGCAAAGUACUUGAUUUCUUUUGUUUUUGUUGGGCAUGUAUUGGAAUGUCCACAUUAUUAAUUUGUGCGCACCACUAAAAUUCAGCUUUCGCAGCUAAUCUUCUACCAAAAUUGCACUGUACAUGGAAACUCCUAAAAAAUGUAACUACUAACACCAGCAAAGAUAUUUUGUCGCCAUGAUAAUCGUUCUAUUGAGUGUUCAUCCCAAAUGACUGAUUUCUUUUCAGCGCAACGAUGUUGUAUAUAAGGACUGGGGAGUCCGCGAAUGAAACGUAGACCUUAAAUGGUCGUAUCUUUUUAUGUAUAAAUUAUAAAUGACGCAUUCCUCACGGUAGCUUCUGGUACGUCAUUGUGGCAGCGUUCGAGGUUUUUAGAUUUUGUAUCAUUGUUAUUCGGAGAGACUCGCCUCCGUUAGCUUGUGCACGAAUGGGUGACGUAUUUAUUCUCAUGAAGUAGCUAUGGAAAUUGCUAUCAGGCAGCAAAUUAACUUCAAUUACUGGAUCUUCCUGACUAAUAUGGCUUAUUUCAGGCCUAUACUGACGUGUUUUAUGUGUAAGGAGUUUAUUGAAAAUUGCCCAGUUAAUAAAUACGUGUAGAUUUGUUUCAUUGAAAUCUAUCGUAUUUCGCUGGCUCUUGAAAACAUUAAGAUAUUUGGUGGCUCUUGGUUGAAAAUCUAUUCUAAUAAAUGAAGAAUUUAUUAUACAAUAUUACCCGCGGUCAACGUCGCCUUCAUGUUGCAGAACGUAUUGACUCGAAAUUGUUCCUGUACAACUUUUAAGCAUAAAUAACUAAGUUAAAUUUAUACCGCUAACGUCAUAUCGUCAUAAAUUUGUACCCAAUUGAAUAUUCUAAUGAUCAUAGCGAUCAUUUUUUACUCAUAUUCCUGCCUUUCUAUCAAGUAUCGCUGACAGCUAUCACAUUAUGCUUGUAUUGCAACAAGUUGAAGGAUCCGUUGAGCGUAUCACUCCCGCUCCACUUGAGCGCUCUUUACAGUGCACGAAUUUUGCUCUCGUGUAUUGCGUAUGAUCUUUGCUGGAGUUACGUCAAUUACCGGGUACGGAUAACUACCAUUGCAUAAUCGUCUGCUGCAUUCUUUCCGAAUUUAUGCGAUGGUAUCAUUAGAAAGCAAGUUAUCAUCUGCAUGCAUUUAGAUUUUCUGAAGAGUUUGAAUGUAAUAUCGGGCAGCCUUUUAGCGGGAUUGAAAGUAUCUUUGAAAUUAAGUCUUAUGAUCACAAAUCCAGCGCUGUCAGAUCUAUAUUUGACUAAAGCCUACAGUUCACGAUAUCGAUGUAUAAAUACAAGAUAAAUAAUAUAAAUUCUAUAAUAUUAUUGCGCAUCUUUGAAGUUGGUGUACAGGAUUGUUGUUUUAAUUAAGAACAAGACUAUGCUUUUGCCCUAAUGUGGUAGGGAAGAGAAUGGCAUCACAACAGGUCUGUGGGGGCACGUCGUAUCAUAACAGGUCUGUGUGGGGCACCUCGCAUCAUAACAGGUCUGUGUGGGGCACCGCGUAUCAUGUUGUCUAUGGAACAUGUCAGUGUAGUCAAUAUUUUACUUUAAUAAAGAAUAUGCGAGUUA